GCACCUGAAAAUCUUGUGCACGGAGUUCUCACAGUCCAGGCGAAUCUCACCAACCGUAACUGCUCUCUAUAAAACAGUCAGUGCAGGUCACAGUCCGCGCACCUCACAAGUCCCAAGGAACACUUUCCAGUCAAACAUUGGACCAGUUUCCUGUUUUAUUGUGCAUCUCCUCUGGUCUCUCUGAAUUGCGUAUCAAGCAAUCUAGCAAGCAGUUUGUAUUGACCCUUGUGGAUUCGUAGCGGCAGUUUCCCUUCGCCUAGUGUUCCCCCCCAUGUUUCUUCGAGUACCGAUGCGCCUUUCGUCGUCGUUGCUGUUGCUGUCGCUGCUCGGACCUCUACGGGUUGCGGGCUUUUCCGCUGGUGCGGGCGGUUGCUCCAGCAACGGCAACGGAUCCAUCCCGCUUUCCGGAAAUCCGCACGCGACAAAUCCCAUCGUCACGGGAGGUCUCGACGACAACGGAUUGGAAGUCGUGCUGGGUCCCAGCACUCUGGACGAAGGGACCGUUUUACAGUCCGGCGUCCCCUUUAACGUCUUGCUUGGCGUCGAGUACAGUCUCUAUUUGCGUCAGCGUGGACCCGCCGCCGAAGGCUUUCGCGGAUUCCUCUUCCGUCUCGAAUCCGGCGGCUUGGUCGACACCACCUCCGCACUGGAACCUCUCCCGGAAGACGCCAGUCGCGCACAAGUCGCCACCAACACCUGCGUCAAUACGGAAGGCGUCGGGGGUGUGACGCACCAGUUUCUACCGGAACCCAUUACCCAAGUCGGAACGCUGCUCUUUCUCGAAGAACAAGACAUUGGCAUGGUGCUCGACGUCACCGCCGUCAUCUGGAACCGGGGGGACGUCAAUGGAGAGCCCUUGUCCGAGUACUACUGGAGCUCCUUUACCUUGGACGCCGUGGAACUCUCCAUUGCCGAUGAUCUCACCGAGUCCCCGACGCAAGGGACGGAUGGCACCGCUUCUCCCGUGCCCACGAGUCCGCCCGCCGACUCGGGCUCCGCUUCGCCCUCCGCCGUCGCUACCACCGACGCGAGCAGUGCACCUUCCGCCGCCACUAGCGAAGCUCCCUCGGCACUCGUCACCACCACCGCACCCGUCGCUACCGGUAAGCCCACCGCCCUUGCCGAUACGCCAUCCUCUACUCCAACCAACAUUCUCACGACACUUGCUCCCACUACUCUUGUCUCUACCCUUGCUUUUCCUUCCUCGGCUCCCGUGGACGCCACUACAGACUCUGACAUGCCCUCCGACGUUCCUUCCGAUAUGCCCUCUUUGGUGCCCUCGGCGGUCCCCACCGUGACGCCGGCGUCCACCACUAGCGGUCCCACCGCAGCCCCUUUGCCCGGUUUGACGAAUACCUUUGCGCCCACCGCCGCACUCAACACAUCCCCGGACACGACACCACCCACGACUUCGGCCGCCGGGCGAAUGUGGACCGCUGGUACCGCCCUGGCGGGAACGGCUCUCGUCGCCGCCCUCGUAGGCGGACUCUAA